AUGUCUUCGCAACAUGGCGAGGAAGACGAGGGUCCUCUGAAAUCCUACGACAGGCACACUGAAUUCAUGCUCCUCACCAUGCUCGUUACGUUAGUCACCACUAUCAACUCUGGCCCACCAGCUUGGAAACCACCAAGGACCAUCACUGAGAAACCACGGUCGAAGCCUGCUGCACUCAACGCUGUGCCCGCAGUCUUGCUGCGACGCUCAGAUGUUGUUGCAGCUGUGGUUGACUAUGCUUCCGUUGGAUUUUCCGAUAGGAUGAUGAAAGUAUAUGUCACGGAAGAACGUCCUGUCACUUUGAGUACUUCUCUUGCCUUUGCAAACCUGGAACAAGGUGUCAAGUGUCCAGAGGGAGACGACAGUCGCCACGUCUUAUUGCCAACUGCAAAGAUCAGCGUCGACGGCUGGCAAGGGCUGAAAGCGCCCGCUCAUUUUCCUAUCGGCGAGCACAUCGCCAUCCUUAACGAGUAUCUCAUGGCGAUCAAUCAGCCAGCGCAAGACACAGACAUAGACAAGCGUCACCUCACAUGCUAUAUCACCGCGACGUCUUGGUUCAAAAUGAAGAGCAGAAUCAACCUCUCGUGGUCCAAGGCGUUCAUUCGGAGCCUUAAGACAAUGUCUCUUGACAGGAUCAGAGGGUUCAUCGUGUUUCUCAACGAACGUGGGCUAUACCACAUCUCGCUCCUUGCGAAACGUGAUCCGACACUGUCGGGUAACUCUGAUCUAUUGCAGCUCGUCCAGGUGGGCCAAGCCGUGUACAAAGACAGGGCUCUACCUUUGUAUACCGAGGAAUCAUGUGUCGGAUUCCAUCAAUGCCUCGUCAGCACCCUCGUGUGUUACCAGGCCGCGCUCCAGGAGAUGGAACAGUGCUGGCGGGCUUAUCAUCUAGCAGACAAGAUCUUGAUGCAUUUGCAGGCAACACGGACAGAGUUGGCGACGCGUGAGAGCCCUGACUCGAAGGAUACGAUGGUGAAGUUGUCGGGAUCCCCUUUCUUGGUUCCAGAUUUUGAUUCCGUCCUCAGUCUCCGCGAUGACGAAAGCCUUGCGCAGGAGUACAAGGAUAAGAUCGAAGGCCGGACGCUCGAGGCGGUGGAGAGAUUGGAAGCCUUUAGUCAUGGCAGAGCGCUCUAUGCCAUGGGACCCGCCCAAAUCCUCGAGCAUCGCUUUUAUGUUCUCUCCAGUUCCCUUCUACAUGUCCUAGACACAAGCAAUCUCACCAGACGCCAGCAAACUCCAAACAUGGACGAGGAUCUCGAAGCGGAGCUACAGGCUGAAGCAGAGUUAUGGGCCGCAGUAGAGAUACGUGAUGCUCGUGUCUGCAACAAUGUGGAGCUAUCACAGUUUGCUAAGGCAUUCAAAGGACCAAUGCGCAUUCAGCUUCUUGCUUCCUCGAGAAUUGGAGGCCCGUCAUCGACAGGCUCUAUGGAGCGCGGUCUCAAGACGUUUGCCGUCGAGGAGCGUUUGAAACGCGACACAGAUGCUCAGAUCCAAGGCCGCUCCCAGAUUGCGCCCAUCCUCGAGGCAUUCCGCACGGCUUUUGACGAGGAGCCGAAACUGAAGCUUACAGGCACGGUUCGCUGUGAGGCAGCAUUGGCGGCGGCGAUGGUCAACGUGGAGGCUGCGGACGUCAACGGCGAAUGGCAACCGCUCGCAAAGACGUUCGACGCGUUCCUCGCGUCGGUGUCCAGACCGUGCUGUCCCGUCUGCUGGGACGUGAUGGCAUUCCUGAGGACGUACGCGGCAGAGACGCAGGCUCUCAGCCUCGGUAUCGAACCGGUUCGUUCGUCGGGUUCUCCUGUCGCGAUCUUGGCCACACCCAUUGAUAUCGCGGACCGGCCAAGCGAAGCCGAUUCUGCGUCCUUCGAAAUGCGUGGUCGCCAUUCCAGCGUGUGGCCUGCGGCUUUGCCACCGUGGACGCCUGAGGUGGCGCUCGACGAGAUGGUGGAGAGUCUCAGAACACGCCUCCGUGAGCGCAUCGAUGACGUGAGAUGGGACACGGGCGAGCGCGAAAUGGCCCGCUUAUGCGGAGACGUGUGCCGUACCGUCGAUAGAGGCCAGAACUGCGUCCGUGCACGAAUCAUCAUCCGAAGGACCGGAGAAGCCACGAGGAGAACGCCCCCGCCGUUCGGGUUCGGGUUCGGGUUCGCACGGAUGUCAGACGUGCGGUAUCUCACACGUGUCCCGCUGAACAUGAUCAGAGAGGCUGCGAGCGACGUCGACCGCAGCGGGUCGGCGGUGAGCAGGCGGCUAGUGGACAAGCGUGAACGGCUCUUUCUAUGCGCAGGAGAUAGUCGAGCUAUGAAGGCAUAUAUAUGA